CUGCAAAUGGCCUUGCAAUUGCCUGCAAAGGUUUGAGCCUAACAUGCCGAAAAAGAGACCUCUUAUGGUUGAUGUGGUAUUUUUGAAGACACUGCGACUGAGAUGGAGCUAAACCUCGGCUGCAGGAUAAACCACAGCUGCAACUCUGUUUAAGUGUUAUACUCUUACGUCAGGCAGGGAUUUAACACAAGGUUCAACUCUAAACCUCAUCUUGGCCGGUGACAUUGCAAUUGCUUUUGCUGUCCUUAACAGAAAUGAAGUCGCUAACCAGGCUCAAAAUUGGGAGGGAAAGACAAGAAGACGCUUUGCUUCUGGCAAAGAUAGGUAACAUGGCGAAGAACAAACAAAAAGGGAAAAAACAGAAGAACGUCUUUCAAGUGGCAAACAAACAUUUGAAGAUCAAGAACAAAACAAAACCCGUCAAGACAACUCUCAAAAAUAUCAGUGCAGGGAAAAAUGAGAAGGUGGACAGCCUAAAUCAAAUGUUCACAGAGGUUCAGAGGGACGUAAAGAGUGUUUCCAAGUCUGUCGCUCCAGAACCAAAGAAACAAACACAGGUUGCCAGAGAGCCACCGAAGGAACCAGUAAACAUUGACAACGCUGCUCAACUUUUUUCUCAGCUUUAAUGGAUCACAGACACUGAUGACUGACUGUAUACUUCCAAUGGACUGUCUUCAUUUAAAGCCACACUAUGUAGUAAUACCACAUCUGACCACAUGGAGGCAGAACAUCACAAAAAAGUUAAUGUGUCACUCCCUAACUUAAGAUGUUACCCUGAGAGGGUCAGUGGGUCAACAAAGUGGAGCUGUAUGUCCCUAUGGGGUCAGAAGUGGUAUUGCUACAUAGAGUGGCUUUUGUGCCACAAUGAGAACUGCAGACGCAAGAAGAAGCUGCGGUCAUGACGUGAUGGGAAAACCCGUACAGUUUAACCGGUCUAUAUAUUCACUGCAAAGCAAUCAAUGUUUUUACUGUGUUGAUGCACCUGUUUGUAUAAAAAUAUUUGCUUGAUAUAAUUAUGCUUAUUAAAUGACAUAAUUGCACAUAUAA